GAGCCGACAUAUAUUGCGGUAGGAGCUGUGGUGGUGGUGGUGGUUUUGUGAGCUAGGAUGAGUAGUGGUAGCUCGUCGCCGGAUGCUGAGCUGUGGCGAGCCCACACCCGUGUCUGGAACGUUUUGUUCAGCUACGUUAAAUCCAUGGCCCUCAAGUGCGCCGUCGAACUAGGCGUCGCCGACGUCCUCCACGCCGGCGGCGGCGGCCACCCUAUGGCCCUCUCUGUUCUCGCUUCCCAACUCUCUGUUCCACCGUCCAGAACCGCGGCCCUCGGCCGUGUCAUGCGCCUCCUCGUGCACUCCGGCUUCUUCACCCGAACCACCGCAUCCGGCGAGGAAGAGGAAGCGUACGCCCUCACUCCCAUCUCCACAGCUCUGCUCGUGAAGGAGAAACCGGAGUGCUUAAACAAUCUGGUGCUCUUAGAGCUCCACCCGAUUCUAUCGUCUCCCAUGCACUACCUCAGCCAGUGGCUCACCGACGCGACCGCCGCCGCCGCGCCCACGUCGUUCGAGAAGUUUCACGGCGCGUCGAUAUUCGGGCUCGCCGCCGAAAACGCAGAAAUAAACCGCUUGUUCAACGAGGGAAUGGCCGCGGACGCCGGGGCCGUGGCCAAAGUACUCGUCGGGGACCGCGGCCGCCACCUCUUCCACGGUCUCCGUUCUCUGGUGGACGUCGGAGGAGGAAUCGGCGACUUCACCGUGGCGAUCGCCAAAGCCUUCCCGCAGAUGAAGUGCGUCGUGUUCGACCUCCCGCACGUGGUGGCUGCGUCAGAAUUGGGAACCAAGGCGACGACGGUGGAGGCCGUCGCCGGCGACAUGUUCGAAUCUAUCCCUCCUGCUCAGGCCGUGCUUCUCAAGUGGAUUUUGCAUGAUUGGAACGACGAAGAUUGCGUGAGGAUACUGCGAAACUGUAAGAAGGCAAUUCCUCCUCGAGAUCAAGGCGGGAAGGUGCUGAUCAUCGAUAUCGUGAUGAAAUCGGAGGAGGGAAGUAGGGAAGAAGAGUUGGAGACGCAGUUGCUUUUCGAUGUGCAUAUGCUUGGAGUCGAGGAAGGGAAGCAGAGGACUGAAUCGGAGUGGGCCAACCUAUUCAGGGCGGCUGGCUUCGCCGACUACAAUAUUAUCCCUAUUUUCGGCAUACGCUCUAUCAUCGAAGCCGUCUAUAUUUAAUUAAAUAUGUUCGCAUAAUAUAUUAUUAAGAUUAAAUAAAAUUAAACUAGUAAUUUAGUUGAAUAUUUUAUCAAGUUAGCACCUGUGCUUAAUUCCCAGUGACUGUAUUGUAUCAGACUAAUGUUUUUCAGUGUUUAUUUCCUGAAAAAUGUUUUUUUUCU